CGUGGAUUCAUUUGGCCUCUCUUGGCUUGCCCUGAUUCGUCCCCGCCGCCUCACCCGCUUAAGCCGCCUAAGCCGCCUCUGGACGAUUGUCAGAGAGCGCAUCGCUGCCAUCGAACCAUUCAGUCUGUCGACGAGAUAGAGCAUUCGGGCGCGUCCCUCGGCGCUUUCAAGACGACGCUCCUGCUGCUGCUGCCAUUGCCAUCGUCUUGCGCUCAGUAA